CUUUUUUCUCCCUUUCUUCUUAUUUUUUUAUAUAUUUCUUUUUCUUUUUCUUUUCCAUUCUCCCCUCUCUUUUUUUCUCAUAUUAUAUAUUACAACAAUGCUUCGUAACGCAAGUCGUCGCAUCACUUCUUUAUUACAGCACCAACAACGAUACUAUGCUGCUUCCGCUGCUGCUCAAACUAACGAUGGUAUCCAACAAGGUGUUGCCUAUUCAAAACUAUUGAAAAGAGCUCCUGAAGAAGCAUUUCGUACUCCCGAGCUGGCUCGGAUGAGUGCUCUCAACAGUGAAACAAAGAAAAUGAAUCUAUUCCAAGCUGUCAAUGAUGCCAUGUCUAUUGCAAUGACGACCGAUGAUACUGCUGUUGUAUUCGGUGAAGAUGUCUCAUUUGGUGGUGUAUUCAGAGCUACUUCUGGUUUGGUAGAAAAGUUUGGACGUGAUCGUGUAUUUAACACACCAUUGACAGAACAAGGUAUUGCUGGAUUUGCUGUUGGUAUGGCCUCUGUUGGUCAUACUGCCAUUGCUGAAAUUCAAUUCGCGGAUUACAUCUUUCCAGCUUUUGAUCAACUUGUCAAUGAAGCUGCAAAAUUCAGAUAUAGAUCAGGAAAUCAGUUUAACGUAGGUGGUAUGACGAUUCGCGCUCCUUGUUCAGCUGUUGGUCAUGGUGGACAUUAUCAUUCUCAAAGCCCUGAAGGUUUCUUUGCUCAUUGUCCAGGUUUAAAGGUUGUGACACCAAGAAGUCCCAUUCAAGCAAAAGGUUUACUACUGGCAUCUAUACGUGAUCGUAAUCCUGUUAUCUUUUUCGAACCAAAAUGCCUCUAUCGUGCAGCUGUGGAAGAAGUGCCUGUGGAAGAUUAUGAAUUGCCCUUAGGCAAAGCUGAAAUACUCAAGAAAGGUACAGACGUCACUGUAUUAGGAUAUGGAUCUCAGAUAUAUGCUCUAGAAAAUGCAAUUCAAUUGGCAGAAAAGAAGAUGCCUGGACUUAGCUGUGAACUUAUCGACUUGCGUACCAUUUUACCUUGGGAUGUGGAAACUGUGGUGGAAUCUGUCAACAAAACUGGACGAUUAGUGAUUGCUCAUGAAGCUCCAAAAACGGCUGGUGUAGGUGCUGAAAUUGCUUCUACUGUGAUGGAAAAUUGUUUCUUACGAUUGGAAGCUCCUGUUGAAAGGGUAUGUGGUUGGGAUACCCCCUUCCCUUUGGUAUUUGAGAAGUUUUAUAUGCCCAGUAUGAUCCGAUGCUAUGAUGCUAUCAAGAAUGUUGUAAAUUAUUAGAUUAUUACUUUCACCUUCCUUACCAAUUUUAUUCAUAUCACCAACAAUAAAACAAUUGUAUACAAUAUGUUUGUGGACUAUUUGAUGUUGAUGUA